GCAACUGCAAAGAGUUCGAGACAAGGGUUUAAUGACGCCAAGAUCAGAGUUCAGACGAGGGAGAUGUAUAGUGUAAGUAGCAGCCUGAGGAUGUGCAGAUUCCGGAGGACAUUCACUAAAGCACAGCCUAAUUUUCUAGGAUUCGAUUCUCACCCUUUUUGUCUAUUCGACAGUAAUAUGGUCCAGAGACUCCAGAGAAAGAGAUCUUUUUAGGUUCAAGGGUGACACAAUUUUGAGAUCUUUCCCACCUUUAUAAGUUAAGUUGAGACUAAAAGCUGCUAAAACCCUGAAAAAUAAAACAACUUGGAUUUGCAAGUUGAAUGCUAAAACCCUAAGGUUAAACAAGUCGUUCUUCAAUCGGUUAAAGAAGCGCGGGAAAAUCUAUAUGCUGUCUGCAUCAUUUUCAUCAUGAACUUCAAAGGUACUACUUCCAUCAUUAUUACUGCUCCAAACAACACACCUUAAUCGCAAACCCUAUAACAACUCACCUCCUCUCUUUUUGAUUGAAUGUUGUCCUCGUGGAAUGAUUGAUCUGUCUGUUAAUAUGUAUACGAGAAUGAUUUUUAUCUUGCCUUUUGCGAGUUCAAAUUUGUUGAAUUCAUUGGUAAAUUCAGGUCAUCUUUUUAAUAUAUAUUUUUCUGGAGAAUUAGAAAAUGGGUAUAGCAUUUCUCUGUACUGAUACCUCAGUAAAAAUGAAAAGGAAAAAGUUGUUUUUUUCUUCACAAAGCAGGAUUCAUGCUUGAUAAAAUUUGCAAGGAUAAUCAUGUUAGGGUAUCUUAUGGUCUCCUAUACAAGAUUUUAGGACACUGAUCCAAUUACUGAAGGUAAUGAGAUGUGAGGCACUUGAGCUUUAUAAUAUAAUGAUAGAGAAAGGUAGAACUCUUGAUGUAGUUCUUUGUGGUACAAUUAAAUGUGAAGUGGGGAAAAUGAAAGAGGGGCAUGAUCUUCUUCGGGUGUUUGCUGUUGGUCUUUAGUUCGAUUUAGAUGUUUAUGACUUUAUGUUAAAAUUGGAGAUUUCUAAGGAGCAAUUGAAGAGUAUACAAGAUUGUUGAAGGAAUCUCUCCUAGUUCGGUAAUUUACUACAUUCUUAUCAAGGGGUUAUGUCAGAAAGGUCAGCUGAUUGAAGCUUGUGGAGUUUUUAGUAGGAUUUUAAAGAAUGGUUUCGAGCUCUCUGGUUUGACUUACAGUACACUUGUUGAUACUUUUAGAAAUAUUAGAGAUGGGUUCCAUUAUAUGAGUUCAUGGUGAAGAAAAGUUGUGUUUUGGAAGUCGUCACCUAUUCUGCACUUGUAAAGGGUUUUUGCGAAGAAGGGAGAACGACUGAUGUUCGCUGGUUUCUUAAGCAAUGGAGAGUAGUUUUGUCCCGAAUGUUGUUGUUUUGGUGUGAAAUGAAAAGAAUCAGGGAUGUAUUGAAGGUGUUCAAACAAAGUGAGAGAUAAUAUAGACCCUGAUGUAGUUACCUGCACCUUUUUUCUCAUGGGGGUCACAUAACGUGGUAAGUAGGAUGAAGCUUUGAUUAUUUUUCUUUCAAGUGAGAAAUGCUAUAACGUUUUGCACUCUCAUUGAAUAGCAAGGGUUUGGAACCGAAUACAAUUACCUGGAUAAUAUUGAUCAAUGUGUCAUCUAAAGAUGCUAGAAUAGAUAAAGCAAUAUUAGCUUUCAAUUUAGUGGUGGAAAAGGAUUUUACCCCAAAUUGCAUCACAUAUAACACUUUGAUUGAUCGUACUUCAAAUCUGAAAAUAUGUGAAGUCUGUACGAGCGACAUGAAGAAAUGCUUCAAAACAAAAUUUCUCAAUAUUGUUAGUUAUAGUGUUCUCGUUGAUGGUCUUUGUAAAGGAGGAAGAAUUUAUGAAGUAUCAAGGGCUUUUCAGUUCGCGAUAAACUGUGUUCUUUGCCUGAUGUUGAGGCAUAUGGGAUUUUAAAUUGAGGGUUUUGUAAGGUUGACAUGCUCACUGAAGCUAAGCAAAUGGUAGGUGAUGGUGUAGUGCCGGAUGUUUUAUUACCGAAAACGAAGAAGCAUAACGUCUCCCAGAUGACAAAAUACCAUUAGAACAUGCAAAGUAACUCGGGAAAGCACUGCUCGUGGUUGGUAUACAUCAUCUUUAUUGCCAAGUACUUUGGCUGCCGGCUCCGCACUCUGUUUUAUGUUGCCGGAGGCUCUUCAUAUAAACUCAAGUCUACCCUACAAAGACAUCAACAAGUUAAACUCAAAGUCUGGUUGGAAAAUUUUGGUGAAAAGUCCUAAGAAAGCUUGUGAAAGAGUGAAAUUUCAUGAGAGUAUAAUGGUUUUAGAUGGAGAUUGGAGAAGUUCAAUGAACAAUUCACUGAUACAAAUGGAAGGUGAUAAUCAUCAGAAUCCUAACUAUUUGGAUUCUCAUCAAGUUGUUCAGAGGAGUGAUAAGGAGAAGAGUUUCAUGGAAAUAGAAGGAAGGGGUAUUUCGGAAUUCUUAAGGAAUUCUAGUGAAGAGAUUUUUCUGAAAUCUUUGAUUGAAGGUUCACUUGGAUUGCCAACACCAACAAUGGAAAUGCUUGGGUUCAAGAAUCUGUCUCAGAGCUUUCGUGCAGAUAGCGAAGAACUUUUCAAUAGUUGGCUCAAUAAUGGAGAGAUUAAUGGACACAAUUCAACAGGCAUAGCACAUCGAACUCGGCAAGCAUCUCGACGGAUGUCCACUGAACUUGCUGCUCUGGUAAGUCAGCAACAUGGGAACACCGAUAUUUUGUUCCCUCAAACCUUGUCGAUAGUCGAUGAAAUCUCAAGUGACCAAGAAGAACUCCCAUUCAGGAAUGUUGAGGAAAAAGGAACACAAGCAAGUAACAUGUAUUUAGCCAAGGCCUGGUUUCAGAGUUCCCAACCCAUGACAAGAAGCCGGUCUUCUGAACUAAGAAGAAGGUAUACAGCCAUGCAAAAUUGUCAAUCAUCAAAUGGAAUUGAAGCGACACAUAGUACCGCCCCAGAACAUGGAUUCAGUAGAAUGAGACCGCAAUAUGCAACCACAAGUAGUUUCAGUGACGUACAUGAAAUUCCUAGCCAACCAAGAACAUUCAUGUCUCCCUCCAAUUCAACGACAUCUUCUUUCAGCAACGCUCCUAUACUUCCUGUAGAUGCAGUUUCUUCUGUGGUGAGCAUGUUGAAGGGUACCCUAGAAAGGAAGAAACUUAUUAACCAGAUGGAAAAAGAAACAAUUGAAAGUAGUCAAUUUAGGAGUCAUCAUUCUCAAGAAGUCAGUCGAAAUCCGAGUUUCGACCAAGGGCAAAUGGUUCAUCAUAUACUUGAGCCGCAACCAACUUAUGAAGGAAUAUCUGGUGUUGAAGUGAAGCGCCCUGAUAAGCUGCAAACAUUCGAAGGAGCAAUAGACAUAGAUUUAGACGGUUUUGUUGCCCCGCCAAAUCAAAUUCAAAUGGGCUAUGUUUGUCAAGAACCUUCUCAAAGUGAAUCAUCUGCUGCUGCACCUGGGCUUUCAACUGGUUUUGAAGUCUAUGAUGGUCCUAUUUCAGGUCAAACACCAUCCGGUUGCGAGAGUCUGAUGAAACAAGUUGCCAAUGGAAGUCUGGAAAACGGUUCAAGAGCUAAAGAGUUUAGAGAGAGGAUACAUGAAAAAAACUCUAGAGAUGAUCGCAAGACUCAGCACAAAGGAAGCCUAGUUCGAAUGGGAUCCGUAACCUCUGGAGGAACAGUGGACAAGGCGGAUCCUACAAAGAAGCGGAGGGUGGAGCGCUCACGCAAGAUGGCAGAGGCUAAGGAAAGGAAUCAGUCACCAGUAACUCCAUCAGAUAUGCAAUCGAUUCUGAAACGUUGUGAAAUUCUUGAGAAAGAAGUUCGAUCACUCAAGCUUAACUUGUCAUUCAUGAAUAGGAAGGAUUCUGAGCAGACUAAACAAAUAGAAGAUCUUCAAAAACAGAAUGAAGAUUUGGCGGAUGAAAAAGAACGCUUAUUAGAGGAAAUCGAGAGAAUCAUCUCAGGAUCUGGUAUAAUGUGAAAAUCUCUCAUAUUGCUUCAAACAAAAAAUAAGUAAAUUAAAUUCAUAUAUUUAUACUUGUUGGUUCAAUUUUAGACCUGUAACUGGUAAAAAUAUGAAGCUUUUCAAAAUUGGUAUUUAGUGUGGUGAGGUACACAAGUUAUUGUAUAACUCAACCCUGGGAAUCCACAAGUAUCUGUGACAGUUGAUGGGAGUUGUGCAUUACUGGAAGAAAAAAGGUGCAUAUCUUACAGCUCCAAUGUCAUCCUAGCUAUCAUUGUUAUACUUGUUCAAAAGAGAAAACAUGUAUUUAGUUGGUUGUUAAGAUAUGUGCUGGAAACAUCAAAUGAAAUUCAUUACAGGGUUUAUAUUCUCA